CAACAACAACAAAAGCCCUUUCUGUUAUUCUGUCUCUCGUCCAUCAAUCACCCCUUCCUCCCGCCCUCCUCUGCCUCAUAACAAAACGCUGACGCCAACACUGCUCCCUGAGGUGAAGAUAGGAAGCUGGAGACAACAACUAGUGUGUGUGUGUGUGUGUGUGUGUGUGUGUUUGUAUCAUCACUCCACCUCUCCUCCUCUCUCUAUCUUCUGUAUCGGAUCAAAUAUCACAAGGCCGCCUACGGGCAUCGUGUUCAUCCACCAAAUAUGACGUUGCGCCACAUAUCCUGUGGGCCGUGCACAUCAAGACAAACCCAGAGAGACAGCUUUCCGUCAGCUGCCACAUCGCGGCCUGAUGCAAUGACAAGGCCCGCGCUGACAAGUUGACAUUUCCCUGAAAGGUGCAUUGUGUCAUUGGCCGAAGACUUUGAGAUGAAUUUGUUGCGUUUCUUCCGGUCCACAGCGGUGGAGACCCAGAGCACCAGCUCAGAGGAGAUGGUGCCCAGUUCCCCGUCUCCGCCCCCCCCGCCCCGCGUCUACAAGCCCUGCUUCGUGUGCCAGGACAAGUCCUCGGGGUACCACUACGGGGUCAGCUCCUGUGAGGGCUGCAAGGGUUUCUUCCGGCGCAGUAUCCAGAAGAACAUGGUGUACACCUGCCACCGGGACAAGAACUGCCAGAUCAACAAGGUGACACGCAACCGCUGCCAGUACUGCAGGCUGCAGAAGUGCUUCGAGGUCGGCAUGUCCAAAGAAGCGGUGCGUAAUGACAGGAACAAGAAGAAGAAGGAGGUGAAGGAGGAGGUGGUUCUUCCGGAGAGCUACGAGCUGAGCGGAGAGAUGGAGGAGCUGGUCAACAAAGUCAGCAAAGCCCACCAGGAGACCUUCCCCUCUCUGGGCCAGCUGGGCAAAUACACCACCAACUCCAGCUCGGACACCCGUGUCCAGCUGGACCUCGGCCUGUGGGACAAGUUCAGCGAGCUCUCUACCAAAUGCAUCAUCAAGAUCGUGGAGUUUGCCAAACGCCUCCCCGGAUUCACCACCCUCACUAUCGCGGACCAGAUCACCCUACUCAAAUCAGCCUGCCUGGACAUAUUGAUGCUGAGGAUCUGCACGCGCUAUACUCCGGAGCUGGACACCAUGACCUUCUCGGACGGCCUGACUCUAAACCGCACUCAGAUGCACAACGCCGGCUUCGGCCCGCUCACAGACCUGGUGUUCGCCUUCGCUGGCCAGCUGCUUCCCCUGGAGAUGGACGACACGGAGACCGGCCUCCUCAGUGCCAUCUGCCUCAUCUGUGGCGACCGCAUGGACCUGGAGGAGCCCCAGAAGGUGGACAAACUUCAGGAGCCUCUGCUGGAGGCCUUGAAGAUCUACGCCCGGCGCCGGCGCCCCAACAAGCCUCACAUGUUCCCCCGCAUGCUGAUGAAGAUCACCGACCUCCGGGGCAUCAGCACCAAGGGGGCGGAGAGAGCCAUCACCCUGAAGAUGGAGAUCCCCGGGCCCAUGCCCCCGCUGAUCCGGGAGAUGCUGGAGAACCCGGAGGCCUUCGAGGACCAGACGGAGCGCAACGACAGCACGCCGCCGCCGCCGCCGCCCCCGCCGCCGCCGCCGCCGCCCCCGGCCGUCCCCGUCAUGAAGCAGGAGGUGGAGGACGUGGAGGACGGCUGGGCGGCGGGCCACGGCAUCCAGCCCUCCCUGGAGGAGGAGGACGAGGAGGACGAGGAGGAGGAGGAGGAGGAGGAGUAUGACGAGGAACAGGACAGGGCGUCAGACAGUGAGGGCGAGGCCUGGGGAGCCCUGGACCACAUGGACGGGGACCGCAACUCUGGGGCCCGCCUGGGACGGGCCCAGUGAGCCCACCGGGAGCCUCCUGUACACAGACUCACGCACGCACACAUGCAUUGAAAUGUACACGUACACGUACACACACCCACACACAAUCAAUCCAAAACACACACAAUCAAACAUAAACACACACACACACACACACACACACACACAAAAACACACACACACACACACACACACACACACACACACACACACACACACACACACACACACACACACACACACACACACACACACACACACACACACAGAGCCACACAGUCACUUAUGCACAGACACAUGCACACAUACACACAUACACACACACACACACACACACACACACACACACACACACACACACACACACACACACACACACACACACACACACACACACACACACACACACACCUCUCAUUCAUGCCCCAAGAAAUGCUGGCCUUCUACAAACCUGUCCCCUCUCCCUUGUACCCCCCCCCCCCCCCCCCCCCCCCCCCCCCCCACCCCGAUGCUGCACAUCAGUGUGUCCUACACAUCAGAACACAGCGGAUCAUCCUCCUCCUUGUGAUUUAACUCAGGCCGCGAGCUCCAUGAUAAGUGGCACGCCCAGGAUGCAAUAAAAAACAUGAGAACAAAGAGAAGAGACGCCUGUCUGAACUCCUGGCUC